AAUCUCUUGAGGACCCUGCUGUCCACCUGGACAAAGCAUCAACUAGCCCAGGUUUGGGCAACAGAUGCCUACUGGCGUGAGUGAGGAAGCUUCCCUCUUGCCAGAUGACCUGCAGUACGCCAUGCAACAUGCUCAUACCACCGAAUGUUUCUCUGAAAGCAUCCCUGCACCCUCAAGCAAGUAUGAAAUCCAGCAAGCACAGGACUUGCAGCUGCUCAGGUUUUCCCAGUCAAUCAUUCACUCCUGGAUAGGCCCUGUGAUGCCAUCAAGCGGGGAGUUCACGAACAGACUGGCCUUUGGGCCAGGAGUGAAUAAAAAACUCCGAGAUUUGGAAGAAGGUAUCCAGGCUCUAAUUGGGGACAUGGGAGGGAACUCACGAAGCCUUCAGAUACCCACCAAUGACAAGUUGGAUGUCAACCUCCGGACUGACGAUUCCGUGGUGAGAAACUACGGCCUCUUUUCCUGCUUAAAGACAGACCUGCACAAGGUGGAGAUCUAUGUUACAACGAUAAAAUGCCGGCGUUUGGGGGGAAACGACUGUAACAUCUCUGCCUUCUGAGUGCAGGAAAAUUCUGCUGAUGCCUACUCUGUGACCUCCUGUGCAAGGGAAAAAUCUGA